UAAUACUUGAGGUGAAAAGAGACCUUAGUAUUUUUCUAUUUUCCAUACAGCAAAUCUGGAAGUUUCCAAAUGCAAUGCAUAAUUAUGUUUUGGAGGGGAGGGUUCUGGCAGCAUGGGGUGUAGAGGUAUAAAUGGAGCCUGGAUACAGUUGGGGCGGACAGAAUAACGCAGCAUCACAUCUGUGCAAUAUAGUUUUUCAGUUUCUUUUGAGAUUUUAUUCUCUCUCUUUUGAUUAAAGACAUACGUAAGCAAAGUAUUUCCCGCCAGACCAAGAAAUGGAUAACUGGAAGAUCCAGCUCAUUGUUGUGACUUUUUGUGCUUUGGUGCAAACCUAUCAGGCGCUGUCCUCUAGUGUGGAAGAGGAGAGAAGGUUAUCUACAGACUGGCAGGAAGAGUCACUGGAGACAGGUCUGACCCCCCCGAUGGACCGCAUGAUGAAAAGAUCUAAAGCCCUCCGCUUCUAUGGACUCAUGGGGAAACGCUCAGGUAUAAGGAAGCCUUUUAAAGUAGACAGACGAAACAAAGGAGAGACGUUUGUGGGUCUGAUGGGUAGAAGCAUUUCCAGUGGCAAAUCGUUAACCAGAAUAUUUCCAUCUGCAACAACCACUGCGAUCGAUGUUUCGGAGAAACCACACAAGCAAGGUUCAUCAGAGGAAUGGUUCCAAAUCCUGUAUUGAUGGAGCUAGUAAAAAAAAAAAAGUACACAUUUUUAUGAGCUAUACAAUUUAACACCAACCAAAGAAGACGUUACCAUACAUCAUACUCCUCAAAAUACACUCUUGUUACGGUUUCAAUCCAUGCUCACAAUUAUUGUUUUAAGCCCAAACA